AUGACUCCGCAAAACUCCAUCAUGCCUCGCGAGGCUCAUGUUCCCCCGAAACCUGUACCUAUUGGCGGAGAUACUAUGUCGGUCAUUGUCUCGCUGGCCUCCGUCUCGGUCUUGUCAAUCUUUCUCUACCAGAGAAUUACUGCAGUUAGAUCGUGGGCAAGGUUGCCGUUUGUUGCCUGGCGCAGCUCAUCUAUGUCUUCCUUGUGGAGAAAGCGGAACCUGCCGAAAACUGGUGCAAACUCUCGCCUCCGUAGUGUCGCCAUGCGCACUUUCGUCGGCGCUUGCUGCACCUUAACAAGCAGUAUUGUGAAUUUAUCAGUGUUGAUGGUUCUCAACGGUGAGCCUGGAUGGGUGUGUCUCAUGUGCUGCAACAGCGACGCCAUCGUCGUUCAAUGGGUCACCUCUCGUGACAAUGCCGGAUCCUCUAGUCAGGUCAACUCGGCCGCCCUGGACAACAGCUACGUUGGUAGACAAUCAUCGGCGGCUCAUCAAAUGAGCAGCAUGCGAGCCUCCAAGGCUCCUAACAAUAGCCACGACAUAGAUGAUGAGGCCAACCUCGUAUCUUCAGGCGCCGUCGCCUUCUCAAGCGAUAACGGUUCAGAUGUCACCAAGGUCAGUAGCGGUGUCGUUGUCACCACGACCAUCCACCGUCAGAUCAAGCCUACGCCCGGCCGCGAAGGGUGCCUUCUUGACGAUGAUAUCGAGACUAUCGGCGAGUCUGACCGUGAUUUCCCACUACGCCCAGCAGUUUAUUCCCCAGACAAAAUGGAUGCCUGCGAGCCGACACAAACUCAUAUUCAAGGUGGAAGAGUGCAACACCAACGAACGAAAACACUUUCCUUUUCACGACCGAUGAACUGA